AUGUACGAAUACAAGAAUCGAGAUCCAGGCGCAAUUGUGCAGAAAAUCACUACACCUGGGCCUAGACAGACAGAAAUUGAAGCAGGACUGAAAGCGAUCACUUUGGAGCCUACACCAGGAACUUCUGAAGAAGCUGGGACAUCUGAUGAAUCUGAUGAAAUCGUGAAGACCAUCAAAGACUCUGAGGUAUGGUUGGAUUUGUUUUCAAUACUUUUGCAAUAAGCUAAAAUUAUUUCUGAAGAUACCUAAAUUUCAAAGUUAUUUUUUUCAAUAUGGGACAGGUUACGAAAUUCAUGAAGUCCACCAUGAUUAGUAGUUUCAAAAAACUUCUUAAUUUCAGCCAUCACCGAAAGGAACAAAGGGAUACUUUGAUUUUGUGGUUGGACAGUAUGUGGUUACGGGAAGCUACGACGGUGAUAUCAGGUUUUAUUGCCCGGCGCAAGCACAUUACCUAGGCAAACUUCCGGCUCUCAACAGUUACUUGAAACAGGUCUCUUCGUUUCAUUUGUUGUUGACAGUUCGUCAAAACUCAAAUUUCAGAUCAAUAAGUUGAGUUUGACCCGCGACAACCAUUACCUCGCUGCAGCCAGCGAUGAUAUUGUCCGAUUGUUCGACCUGAAUUGUCAGGGAGUGGUGUUAGGAGAUCUGAAGCAUCCGAAUAAAGCGCUCGUGGUUGGUUAUGAAGUGAGCUCACCACUUUGAAACUCAUUUUAUGGAUGCAUGAUUUUUAGCCCGAUGGCAGGUGGCUUUAUGUUGGCGGAGAAGAUGGAGUGUGCCGAAUUUGGGACAAACGAAAUGAUCAGUUUGUAGCAACAAUACAGUUAGACGUAAGUUUUCUACAGCUUUACACAAAACAUAUCUCGAAUUUUCAGGUUGAUCACAUAUCGAGUAUGGUUCUCAACAGGGACCGCACUCAAAUUUACCUCUCGAUGGAAACCGCCUAUACAGGAAUCUGGGAUCUUCGAACGGGCAAGUAUGUCCCACUCUGGAUGCCACGUCACGCUCGCCCUCAUAACGAAUGGAUAAAAAGCUUGGCGAUUCGUCCGGAUGGAAAGCAAGUGACUGGGUUGACAUCAAAAAGUCAGCUGCUCGCAUGGGAAAUGGACACGAACUGUGCCAAUCCGGAACGCCAACCGGUUGUGUUCAGGGACAGAAGACGAAAAGCCAAGAUUCCACUCACUUACGCACUCGACAGUACUUACAGUCCCGACGGCAAACUACUGGCGGCAACCAGUUGUGGCGUCAAUAUUCACUUGUUCAACAGUGAAACGCUUCUUCUCAAAAGUGUUAUCCUCGCGGAUCUUCGAUGGAAUUGGACCGUCGCGUUCUCUCCAACCGCAUCGUGAGUUUUAUGUGGAUUCCAAUUGACUCUCCGAAACCAUUUUGAAAGACAUAAAAAUUUCCGAUGUGCAUACAUUUUUUUAGCCAUCUUCUGAGCGGUUCGCAAGACGGCAGAAUGAGAGUGUGGGAAAUCGACACCGGGAAAAAAGUGCAUCAGUGGCAUUCUCACCAAUCAGCGAUAACGGCUAUGGCUAUCAACUAA